CCAUCACUUCUCCCAAAGCAUUGAUAGAACCAGAGGCGCCCACCAAUAUGCGUUCUUUUUUGGACCUUACCCACUUUCGCGUCCCUUCCCUUGCGUCCAGCCAUGCUGUCUCCAAUUUCCUCCGAGAGAGCGAUUAGCCUUGACCAGCUUGCCAUCUACUCUAUACCACUGGUCGAACGUUCCACGACACCUCAGUUUGCCGAUAAGGAGUCUCAAAGCAUAACCUCAUUGGAGAAACUUGAGCCAGUCUACCACCUCAUCCUUCACGAGCUACUAUCUCUAGUGGUACCGACAUUGACCCUCGUCCUAUCGCAGUUAUGUCUAUGAGAUCACUUCGCGACCUCUUUAUUGCCAUGUCAUUGCAAGCAAGAGCCUUUUGAGAGGGCUAGAGUCAACAAACAAUAGUUGCCUGCCAAAAUCCAAAGCUCUUGGGUACGUAGAGACCUUACGCAUCGAGGACAUGCCUGCCAUGUGGCACAUCGCUCUUCUGUCUCAUGCUUCCCACGAGCCUCGGCGAUACAACAGAAUUUCCCCGAACGCCAAGUUAGUCGAGCUGUCUCAGGCGGUGUUGAAGGGCCAUUAUCAUGAAAAGGAAGGAAUAAUGCAACAGACAUGGAACAUAGUGAUGAAGCAGAGGCUUUUGGAGCAAGUCCUAGAAAAUUGCGAAAUUCGAGAAAUUCACCUGUCUCACCGUGAGCUUGAGGGGGGAAAUGAUGCGCAAUCCAUGACCUUUGAUAUAGCUUCUAAAGCCCUACUUCCGCUUAUUUUGGCACCGAUUACCACAUCUGACAGCGCCUUUUGGCCCCUUUCAUGUUGGCUACUUUUGGUCUGUUCCUAAUCUGUAACCAAGUUCAGAUUGUAAUGCUAUGAUCUUAUACUACUAAAUCAGAACUACAGGACACCAUUCGUCUUGCUUAUCUUAAUCUCCUGCUCGACUCUCAGCCUCCAUGACCUUAAUCUAUCCAACGUGACAGCCAACAUAUCAAUAUCGGAUGGGAUCACCGCCAGCCGCCAACUGUCAAAUUGGCUGCUGGACCAAGGGAGGGUGUAUGUGGCUUGGCAAACAAUCACCUCAUUGUAUUAAGGGAUUGACUUUCCGCCCUGACGCAGAGUAUUUACAGCUCCCAUCGAACCAAACUCUGGUAUCAUCUUUUCCUGGGGCGAUGAGCCGUGCUGUCGCUCUAAAUCACCUGGCAACGGCUCUGAUGGGACUAGCAAUUGUUUUUAUGUUCUUCUGUCUAAAACCAGACGAAGGAUGGUCCUACUGGUCGAAGAAACUGGAAAGCUGGGCAAACUUUAUUGCAUGGCUUGCAUUUUGGUUUGAUCUUGCCUACAUAGUUGUGCUGAGGGAUAGGAUCAGUAACAAUGAUACUGGUUUUGAUUUCCACCUCGGGAACGCUUUUUGGUUGAUGUUGUAUACAGUGUUACAUAGGAGCUUCCUAUCGUAUCAGGUGCAAACAAAUAGUGUAGCUAAGACUUGAGACAUGCUCAGGAAUAUUCUAGGUGGAAUCCCUGUGUAUCAACAUCAUUGUUGUAGCAUACACGAGUUGGCUUUCUUAUCUAUUCAUAACGACUGCUGUUGAUAACAAGAUAAAAUAAUAAAUAGCAAAGGAAUGUAUAGGAUA